AAAUUGCGCUCGGGGAAUUAAAAGAGGAGGAAAAAAGCCCCAAGAAAACUCACGCCCCAAACAAAACGCAAGUAGAGGAGGGCGCGCGGCCUGCAGCCCUCGCCCGCGUCCCCGGCCGCGGCGUGAUGCGCGCGGACCAGCCGGCGACGCCCGGGCUACCGCUGUCACCGCACCUGGACGCCAGCCCGGUGGCCGCGCCCCGGCCUCGAUCGCUCGCCGCGGCGACUCGGUCCCAGGCUCCCGGCGCCGGUGGGGGCCCUCGCUCUCCAUGGGGCUGAGGGACUGGCUGAGGACCGUGUGCUGCUGCUGCCGGUGCGAGUGCCUGGAGGAGAGCGCCCUGCCUGAGAAGGAGCCCCUCGUCAGUGAUAACAAUCCAUAUUCCUCAUUUGGAGCAACUCUGGUGAGGGAUGAUGAGAAGAAUUUAUGGAGUAUGCCCCAUGAUGUGUCCCACACAGAGGCAGAUGACGACAGAACCCUGUACAAUUUGAUAGUCAUUCGUAAUCAGCAGGCCAAAGACUCAGAGAGAGUGCUCCAGGGUGGUGGGACAUCCAAGCUAAAGCAUAAAGCCAACCAUUGUUGGGAGUUAUUGAGGGCCCCUCUAAGUCCUGAAGGUGCCAGACCGCUGGGCACAGGCCCCUCCUGGCCUCCACCCCCUGCCAACCGCUACUCCAAGGAGUGGCAGAAACUCAACUAUGAUAUCCAUACCCUGCGGCAGGUUCGAAGGGAAGUAAGAAACAGAUGGAAGCGCAUCUUAGAAGAUUUAGGUUUUCAAAAGGAAGCUGACUCUUUGUUGUCAGUGACUAAACUCAGCACCAUCAGUGAUUCUAAAAACACAAGGAAAGCUCGAGAGAUGUUGUUAAAACUGGCUGAAGAAACCAGUAUUUUCCCAACAAGUUGGGAGCUCUCAGAGAGAUAUCUCUUUGUUGUGGACCGUCUCAUUGCACUUGAUGCUGCGGAAGAGUUCUUUAAGCUUGCUCGUCGAACUUACCCCAAGAAGCCUGGGGUUCCAUGCCUGGCAGAUGACCAGAAAGAACUGCACUACCUUCCAUUUCCAAGUCCCUAAAGGAGAGGCUCAAGGGCAGAACGGGAAUUCUUCCAUGAGGACUCAGCAGUCAACCAAAGUUGGACAAUUACAUGUAGAAGAGAGUGAGCAAAUAGAGUUUGCUUAGUGACAAAUGAUACUGAAUUCUACAUAAAUGUAAAGUCUUUAAUCUGAGGACCCUGCCCCGUGAGUUGUGCAGGCUGCACUGAAACGCCUUGGUGAUCUCACAUUUAGGAAGAAAGUUAAAGAGUUGGUCAGAUGGAUAGUUCAUAAUGGGUGGUUCCAUUGUGAGAGCCCGUUGCCCCAGCUUUGGUUUUGGUUGUGUCAUAAUCUCUGAUUAUUAAUCCUACUGACUGAGUGGACUAUUUCAGUUAAUAAAACAAUAUGAUUAAUAGAGAGAGCUGUCAUUGAGUCCCAAAACGGAUUGCCAGUUUUAAAAUAAUUAUUAUAAAAUGUAUGCUAACCCCAAAAUAAUACUAGGCAUGAUGUGACCUCUCUGGUCACCUCGUAGAACCUUGGAGGGUGUCAGGGCAUCUCUUUAUCAGUUAUGAUUAUUCAGAAGUAUAGAUGUAUCAGAUGAUAGAAAUGACAAGGGAUGGCUGGGCGCGGUGGCUCAUGCCUGUAAUCCCAGCACUUUGGGAGGCCAAGGU